AUGUGACGCGGAGGUUGCUAGGCCCGAUCAUGUGAUGGUGUAAAUAGGGAGGCCGCGGCCUGUGCUCCUCCUGUUCCCACCAUGGGCUGUUGUUAUAGCAGCGAGGGCGACAGCAGCGAACAGGAUCGUGAGGAAGGAAAACCGCUCCUUAUCCCUGUAGCCAACGCUGCCAGCAAAUCAUCGGGUGGCACUGACCCCGACUACCGCAGUAUUCCUUCCCGCUUCCCAGAUGAACAAGCUCUCCUUAACACUAUUCUCAGCAAAACAGCUCAUAAUAUCAUCGAUGUGUCGGCAGCAGAUUCCCAGGGAAUGGAGCAGCAUGAGUACAUGGAUCGUGCACGACAGUACAGCACAAGGUUAGCGAUGAUCAGUGGAUCGACACAGUGUAAGCGAGUCACCUCCCUGCCAACGUUGACCAGUCAACCACACCAGGUUUUGGCCAGUGAGCCCGUACCUCCUUCAGACAUUCAGCAGAUCUCUAAAAUCGCUGCUUACGCAUCAAGUGCUCUUUCCCAGAUCAAAGUGGAUGCCAAGGAAGAACUUGUGGUGCAGUUCGCAAUCCCCUGAUAUCUGGACCUGCACCAGAUCUGGUUCUGUGAAGACUUUAACAUUGGGACUAACUAUUCUCAGACAGCCCUAGAGACACCUUCGAUGCCAGUGGGCAUCUGCACCCGUAAAUCACGCCUAGUUUUUUUUAAUGAAGCUCCUUAUGCUGUAAAUUUAGCUGAUUUGAUUUUUCAAGAUUGUGGGUUUUUUUUGAGUAAAAGCUUUAGGUGAUUUAUGACAUGGAGAAUUUGAGAAACACCGUUUACCUUCUUUUAUCCACAUUCUUUUUAAUUUGAUUUCUGCUACUCACUGACAGACUGUGUAUAAUUUUUCACCCUGAGGGAUAGUGGGCAUUUCAUUUACUAAAUAUUGCACCCACCAUUAACCUUUGUUCCCUGAAAUACGUCCUUCUGUCAUGAGAUGUUCUUUGGCCUAUUUUCCUGUUGAAGUAAUAUUUUUAAUUUCUAAUAAUGGCUAUUUCUGGGGGAGAAAAAACAGCGAACUGUUGGUCAUGAAUAUGUUUGGAGUUGAUUUUCUUUUUAUACGUUUGACCUGGAGUGAGAAUGGGUUCAGAGCAUGUGUUGUGCUCAGGUAGUUGAGGCAUAUGUUGCGAUGUGCUAGUGCAGGGGCUUAGCUGUGACUUGACUUGUUGCCACCACUCGUGCUCCUUAUUUACUUAAAAGAAAACAUUUCUUGAGUUCAUUGUGGUUUGGGGGCAGAUUUGAACAAUUUAGUCGUCUGUUCGUGUUCUUAUCUCCCAUAUUGCCCCAAUUGAGUUUUGUCUGAGUUUAUUUCAGCUUAGCCAUGGGAUUAGGGAUCAAUGUUGGAAUGAGAUCUCUUCUCCCCACCGUGCUAACUGAGGGGGCAGGCGAUUGGAGCGAGAUGAUGUUGGUUCGUGGGCAGGGUUUUCCACAAGGAACAUCUGUUAAGUUAUCACCACUAAAACCACCUCUCGGCUAUGCAGGCAACAACUAAAUGGAUUUGGUGGAAAGCUAUCAGAAGCUGAACUGGGGGGUAAUUUUGAGGGUGGUUGACAUUAACGCACUUGCUCACUGUCUAUCCUCGCUGAAGUCCUGAUGGCAGUUAUAAACUUGCAUCCACUGACUCACCAGCUUGCCCCAUUCACACUAAUUAGCUGUGAAUCUAAACCAGCUUCUUGGAAUCUCAUAAAAAUGAAUGAAAGAUGUAUUUUCGGGGCUUAUAGGUUUAAAAUAUCCUGUUGAGGUGAUUGUGUUUAAAUCCUCCAUAAAACAGUACACAUUUGGCAGGCUGAUGGCCUACAGAUGUGAGUCUACCCUUUUUCUCCCCUGGGAAUUCUAUUGAAAAUAAUUAUUUUAACUAAUUUUAAUUUAGUUUUGAAGAUUUUUUCAUAGAUCCAGAAAUCAGGCUUUAACUAUUUGCUGUCUGUGGUUUCUGGGAGAGAAUCCACUAUUCUUGAAGGUAUUUUAAUUUACUGGAUCCGUUGCUACCUGAAUUACUUUAAUUCUUUAUUGCAAUUCAAGCUUCAGAAAUUGUGGCAAAGAAUAGAGAAUUGUUACUGCUCGUCCCCAAAUCCCAUUUUGUUUCCCUUUGCCUUUAUAAUCAGGUUUAAAUUAGAUUUGUACCAGUAUCUGCUUGUUGGUCUUAUGCCCCAUUUACUCAUCACAUCCCUCUUUUCUCACAUACCCUACUACUAUUACUGCCAGUCAUGCUUAUUUUCAAUGUUCUUUUCCAAUUGAUUUCCACGAAUUAGCUAAAAUCCAGGCAUUUUAAUUUAUGGUUUUGACCCAGGAUCCAUGUUGUAAACAGCUUGUGGCACAACUUCUCUCGGGCGGGGGGGGGGGGGCGGUGUUAGUUUGUUUCCUUGCACUGUUACUGUUACUGGAUGCUGAGGAUGGGAGGGCACGUGAAAUUCAGCUGUUCAGUAGGCACUUUUUUUUUUAAAAAAACUUCAUUCACAUACUGAGAUGUUCAGUUCAACCUGGCCUCUACUUCAGUCACUUCCUGAGGGAUAGGACACUUUGGGCUCAAUUGGGUUAAGAAUUUGAAUUCAAACCAGAUUCAGGUGACAGCCCUAACUUGAAGAUUCUUCUACCCCACCUCUUCACUUCACCUCUUUUCCCAGUCAUUUUCAGCUGUUUAAUGUUUUGGGCUAUUACUUUCUUACUUCCCACAAUAUCCUCCCUCUCUGAGGAAUUCAUUCACACUUCAACUGACCUCCAUAGCGGGUCUGGUCUGGUCUGCAUCGUGUUUUAGGCAAAAAAUACUUUAUAAACUGGAACUUUAAGACUUUUUUUCCUCUGCCUGCAGUGCAAAUAUUGUCUAUGUAGAAUUCAGCAGCUCAUGCAGUAAAAUCUACGUGUCUCCUAUUGAUUUCAUGUUGGAAUGAUGUGAUUUUUUUAAAAAUGGGAAUAAAAUCAGAUUUGACCUUGUGCUUAAACCCUAGUGAAACCUUUCUGCAGUCACCUUGUCUUGCCCUCCUUUUCGUGAAACGACCAUUAGAUUUCUUCAAAGCCAGCUUCAGAUAUCAUAUCAGCAACUGAAUCUGUGCUGAGUUAUCUGAUCAUGGCUGCUUAUGGGAGACUUUUUUUGUUUGCUGUUGACCCUGGAAUUUAGAUGAUCAUACACCAGGAGGUUUCCUGUUUUCUCUGUGGUGAUGACAUGGGCUGACUUUGGGCUUGGGAUUCAUGUGUCGUGUAUUUUAUUGCUGCAUAACCUGAUGAUUCCUGCUUUGUCCACUAAGCAGCCAAUUCAGUGAGGUACCAGAGCCUGUGGAACAUUGCUUGCCUACCUUCCUUUCUAGGUCAAUUUGCUGGAGGAAUGGAGGGAGAGGAGGAGCAGAGAGCAGCAAUUGUUGCCACAGCAUCUAUUUAACAAAUGGAAAUAUGAGUUUGUGCCUGGUAUGUUGAGAAAAAUGUGCUGAAUUCAACCUGUUUGAAUUGAUCUGAAAUAAACUUUCCAAGUAUGUCA